UUGAAGGUUGUAUGAAGCUAAACACCACCGCAGACAGGAGCAGUCCCCACUUGACUUGACAACCCGGGACAAGCCUCUGAAGCGCCGGGAAAAGGGAGCACAGCCCGAGUCUUCCCCUGCAUCCUCCCACCGGGCUGCUGAGCCCCCCACCUUGUCUUGUCCUCCCGGGGAACACGGUGGAAUUGCCGCAUAACGCGGUCGUUAAUAUCAAAAAGUUGCCUUACAUAGAGCGCGCGGCAAAAUACAAUGUUGCAACAAGGUGGCUUCUCUUCAAGGUCAGUAUCCGAGCAGCGCAGCCGCCUCACGGACGUGUUUCUCGGGCAGUCGGAGGGAAGAAGAGGCGUGGAGGGGGAUGCCACUGUGGCUCUGCGUCCAGCAUCAACAAUGACAUGUUUCACCAAGGAGGACAUUGAGAGUCACUGACACAGAAACUUGUGUAAAAAAAACAAAAAAAACCACCACCAGGCUCGGUUUGUUUUUACAUGUGUGCUGUUGUAAAAAGAAACUCUUUCCAGCAUCUUGGCGUUUCCUGCUUUUCUUCCAACGGCCUGUGUCCACGCGACUGUUUACCUGGAUACAAGCGACAAACCCCCGAAGUCAAGAUAAUUAACUGACAUGGAUGUUCGGUUGUGUUUGAACUAACCGUCAGGUAAAGUCAGUUAUAAUGCUCAACGGUUGACUCAACUGACGUUAACUAGCCUAACGCAGCGGUACGAACUUCAGUCCAACUUCCUUGAACUUGCUUGGGUUUUCAAGCGGACUUUAACCAGUCAAACAUAUAUUCAAAUUAAUUCGCCUUUUUUAUUCAACAACAUGCCUUCGAGGACAGUGUCCCACAGCCCGGCUGGGCUCGGUAGGAGUCUACCGGAGCGGGGACUGCUCCUGCUGGUGGUCCUGGUGCUGCUGGAGGGCUCCGUGCUGCCUCUCGGAGCUGCUAGUUCCCCCGAUGUGACACACAAGGAAAAUGUGGACAGCCACUCAGUGGUGGAUAAAGGACACAACUACACUAAAAAGGCUUUCCCCGUGCUCAGCCUCGACUACGCUCACAUACAGCAACCCUUUGAGAUCUCACUAUGGGUGCUGCUGGCCUCUUUAAUGAAAUUAGGGUUCCACCUGGUUCCUCGUCUGUCCGGUAUUGUGCCAGAGAGCUGCCUGUUGAUUACGGUUGGUCUGCUGGUGGGGGGGCUCAUCAAACUAGCUGGGGAAAAGGUCCCACCAGUGCUGAACUCUGAGUUGUUCUUCCUCUGCCUGCUGCCGCCCAUCAUCCUAGAUGCUGGCUACUUCUUGCCCAUCCGUCCCUUCAUGGAGAACCUGGGCACCAUCCUGAUGUUUGCUGUCGUGGGGACCCUGUGGAACGCCUUCUUCAUCGGGGGUCUGCUGUACGCCGUGUGUCAGAUCCAGCCAGCCAAUCCAUCUGAACUCCACCAGCUGGAGCUACUGCCCUGCCUGCUCUUUGGCUCCAUCAUCUCAGCUGUGGAUCCUGUCGCUGUGCUCGCUGUGUUUGAGGAGAUCCACAUCAACGAGCUGUUGCAUAUCUUGGUGUUUGGCGAAUCACUGCUCAACGAUGCUGUCACUGUGGUGUUGUACCACCUGUUUGAGGAGUUUUCCAGUGCUGGUACGGUGACGGUGAUGGACUGUUUUCUGGGAAUCAUCUCCUUCCUGGUGGUGGCGUUGGGUGGCGUUCUGGUGGGGGCUAUCUAUGGCAUCCUGGCAGCCUUCACCUCACGCUUCACCUCCCACACGCGUGUCAUCGAGCCACUCUUUGUCUUCGUGUACAGCUACAUGGCCUACCUUUCAGCUGAGCUCUUCCACCUUUCUGGCAUCAUGGCGUUAAUUGCAUGUGGAGCUGUAAUGAGACCCUAUGUGGAGGCCAACAUCUCCCACAAGUCCCACACCACCAUCAAGUACUUCCUGAAAAUGUGGAGCAGCGUCAGCGAGACUCUGAUCUUCAUCUUUCUCGGCGUGGCCACGGUGGACGGACCUCACCACUGGAACUGGGUCUUCGUCACCGUCACUGUCAUUCUGUGUCUGGUGGCUCGGGUCAUAGGUGUGGUUGGUCUGACCUACAUGAUCAACAAGUUCCGCAUCGUCAAGCUGACAACGAAGGACCAGUUCAUCAUUGCCUACGGUGGCCUGCGAGGUGCUAUCGCUUUCUCCCUCGGCUUUCUGCUGGACAAGGAUCACUUCCCCAAGAGAGACAUGUUCCUCACUGCCAUCAUCACUGUCAUCUUCUUCACUGUCUUUGUUCAGGGCAUGACCAUCAAACCCCUGGUGGAUCUGCUGGCAGUGAAGAAGAAACAGGAGGCCAAGCGGUCGAUUAAUGAGGAAAUCCACACCCAGUUCCUGGACCACCUACUGACUGGAAUUGAGGACAUUUGUGGACACUAUGGACAUCACCACUGGAAGGACAAACUGAACCGCUUCAACAAGAAGUAUGUGAAGAAGUGCCUGAUUGCAGGCGAACGCUCCAAGGAGCCACAGCUCAUCGCCUUCUACCACAAGAUGGAGAUGAAACAGGCCAUCGAGCUGGUGGAGAGCGGAGGGGGAGUCAAGAUGCCGUCUGCUGUGCCUUCCACAGUUUCCAUGCAGAACAUCCAGCCCAAGAAGCCUGCUCCUACCAAGCCUGUGGACAGAGCUCUGCCCCAGCUGCCUAAAGGCCGAGAGGAGGAGAUCAGGAAGAUCCUCAGGAGCAACCUUCAGAGGACCCGACAGAGGCUGCGCUCCUACAACAGACACACUCUGGUGGCCGAUCCUUAUGAAGACGGCUUCGGUGAAUUCCUUAUCAAGAAGCAGAAGAUGAUUCAGCUGGAGAAGAAGAUAAAAGACAUGAAUAACUACCUGACGGUGCCUGCUGCUCCCCCUGACUCCCCCACCAUGUGUAGAGCCAGACUGGCCUCAGGCAAAGAUACUGAUUUCAAACCUGCUCAGCAGCAGAAAGGGAACAAAACCUGUCCAGACCCACAGGCCUACAUGAAGCAGGUGUCGGACAGCGUGCCGACCAUCCAGGUGGACCUGGCUUCUCCUCAGUCCCCGGACUCCGUCAACGUGAUGGAUGAGUUCAGACGGGCCGGCAAGCAGCCUCAGCAGCAGCAGCAGCAGCAGGAGGAGGACCAGGGCCUGAUGAUGAAGCCUCCCUCGGGGGCCAGUGGAGCUAACAAGCCAGGCGAGGCGGACGAAGGCAGAGAACAGCAGAAGCUGAUGAGGUGCCUGAGCGACCCGGGUCCCAGCGCCGAGGAGGACGAGGACGAGGACGAACCCUUCCUGCCUUGACGUGGCGGGAGAGACACGGGGGGGCCAGGCUGCACGCCCGCCUCCACUAAUUAGGAGAGAGAGGGCUGCUUCACCGCUCCGCUCGAAAUAAUCUCUUUGGUUCAGAAACCAAACAAGCCAAAACUGCUAAUGCUGUACGAAACCAGACACGGAAAACAAA